AUGCCGCUGACACGCUCUCGCGCCCCAGGUAGGGUGCGGGGCCGAGAGCCCAUCGGGGGCAGCGGGCGCAAGACAUCUCGCCGCAUUGCCGGCGGGCGCAUUGCUGGUGGGCGCGAUCCCAAUGCGGGGGCGAACGCCGGACGGAGGGUUCGCCGAUCGGCGAGGCUGACCGGCCACAAGCCCGGUGGGAUCGCCGCGCCCGCUGACGCAGGAGAGGCGUCGGAUUUGUCGAUCAAAAAUGUGCCGAGUGGUGGGGAUGCGUCAGGUGGGAUUGGCACUGGCAUGGCGAGCGGAUCAUCGUCGGAAGGGGAAGAGGGGGCCGGGAGGGCUGGCGCAGAGGGAGGCGAUCGCGGCGUCGAUUGGAUGGAAGAUGUUUGUGAGGAUGAGGGGGAAGGAAGCGGUAGCGAGGAGCUGGGACGUAGACAUACGAGGGGAUGUCGGCGGGCUGCUCUGUCGAGAUCGGCCGGCCCGUCCAGAAGGGGGAGAGGAGUGCGGGCUAGGGCGGCCGGGGCCGGGCGCCGGAGGCAGAGGGAGCUGAUAAGGGAUGAUUCGGACAGCGACGACAGCGAUUACGCGCCGGAGCCGAGCGAGGAGGAGGAUGUGGAGGAUGAGGAGGAUGCGAAAGUGAUGAAGGUGAUGGGGGCCGUCGGGAGGGCCUGGGGGCGGGCGGGAGAGGCGCGGGACGUCGUGGACCUGGUUUCGAGGGACAGCGACAGCGACGGCACUGUGGACGAGGUGCCGCUCGCGGCGAGGGCGGUGGUCAGAACAAAGGGAGAUGUUUCAGGACGCAGCAAGCGCAGUAGGCAGUCGCGUGCAGACAAAAGGCAGAAAAAGCGGCGCUGCUGGAGCCCAGAGAAGCCAGAGAUCUUUGAGAACGGGUACAUAUCUGGCGAUCUGGAUUUGGAUCCUGAGGCCCUUGGUUGGAGUAAAAGCAAGGAGCAAAUGGAGCCAUCGAGUGAGCUUCUGAUGCCACUGCUGCCUUUUCAGAAAGAAUUUCUUGCAUGGGCAGUCAAGCAGGAGCAUGGCCCAUUGCGGGGAGGGGUACUGGCAGAUGAAAUGGGCAUGGGGAAGACCAUCCAGGCCAUCGCUGUGAUCCUGGCCAACCCAAUUGUACCUGCUCGGGGGCUAAAGACGCCAAAGCAUCAACUAGCAGCCAUGAGCAAGCCAGGUUGUCCCAGCCAGCCUUUGGCCAUGGAUCGUUCUCCCGCCAUGUGUGUGCCCAUUUCUGAGUCCCUGCCCACCACACCUCCUGCGUAUACAGCAGGCAUGGCAAGGGUUUUGGAUGACGUUGCUGUGUCAGCGUGCUGUGGGACGACCCUGGUUGUGUGCCCACUGGUUGCUGUGAUUCAGUGGAGGCAGGAGAUCGCACGGUUCACCACCCCAGGCGCUCUGAAAGUUCUCAUCUACCAUGGACCCAAAAGGACCACAAGCCAGGCUGAGCUGGAGGAGGCAGAUGUUGUGCUCACAACAUACUCAAUACUUGAGAAUGAAUACCGGAAGUCUGAGAUGCCCAGCAAGGUGCAAUGCAGGUACUGUGGGAAGAAAUUCUACCCCGAUCGGCUGAAGGUCCAUUUGAGGUACUUCUGUGGGCCAAAUGCCGUUAAGAGCACAGCUCUGGCCAAGCAGAAGCGCAAGACGGUCUCCAAAACAAAGACGAUACCUUCCAGGAAAGGGAUGGCCAGCAGCUCCAAGGGAUUCCAUCUGGGGUGCGAGUCAGCUGAGGAGGCGGGCAUGAUGGGUGGCAGUGUAAAGGACCUUCCACCUAACCUCCGGCAUCUCUUUGACGAAGGCCGCAUGUGGGCACAUGAACAGGACGCCCUGGACAUGAUCCUUGAGGCAACGAGGGACAAGGGGGAAGACUUUGGCAAACGCUCAGGUUCCUUACUGCAUCGGAUAUGCUGGUGCCGCAUCGUUCUGGAUGAGGCACACAGCAUCAAGGAGAGGCGUUGCAAUACGGCUCAUGCUGCAUUUGCACUGAAGUCCAAGUACAAGUGGGCCCUGAGCGGAACGCCGCUGCAAAAUCGAGUGGCAGAGCUGUACUCUCUCAUUCGAUUCAUCAGGACGUACCCCUACUCAUACUACUUCUGCCGCAAGUGUGACUGCAAGUGCAUCGACUACCCCUUCAAGUCCAACUCACGGCAGUGCCGCACCUGUGGCCACUCGCCUCUUCACCACUUCUGCUGGUGGAACAAGUACGUCGCAAACCCCAUCAAGAGGUAUGGGUACAGCUCUGCAGGCAAGCUGGCAAUGGCAGUCCUGAAGACCGAAAUCUUGGACCGGACACUGCUGCGAAGGACGAAGGUGCAGUGUGCUGACGACCUGGCACUCCCACCAAG